AGGCGGAACAAAACAAGAAGAAUCCGUCGUCUUCUUCAACCCCUAGAGAUUGAGAUAAAGAUCAGAGAGCAACAAACCAGAAUUUUCCAGAAUCUAGCCGUUUCAGGAAUCGCAACUGUUUCUACCGCAUCUGCUUUCGAUGUCGCACUCUAAUCAGUAUGUUCCGUCGGCGCCGGAGAUGCCGGAGUCGUAUAAGCAACAGUUCUCUGGCGGAGACAGAUACGGUUAUGCGUAUUCCGGAGGUGGUUGGGGUCAAGCUCCUCCGCAGCAUCAGUACAGCGCAACGUUUCCGCCGGGGACGCACCCGGACGUCGUGAGGAGCUUCGAGGGCGGAGACAGAAACCGUAGUGGAUUUUUGGAGGAGACGGAGCUCCGACAGGCUUUGUCGUUCUCUGGGUACGGAGGGCUUAGUGCGAGGACGAUAAGGUUGCUGAUGUUUAUCUACAAGAGCCCUGGAGAUCCUCUUUUGCGGCUUGGUCACAAGGAGUAUGCCAACUUGUGGACUAGCCUUGGACAAUGGCGGGCAAUAUUUGAGAGGUAUGACAGAGACAGGAGUGGAAAAAUGGACUCCACUGAACUUAAAGACGCUCUUUACCACCUCGGCUACAUGCUUCCGUCCUCGGUCCUUCAGCUUAUUAUAACACAAUACGACGAUGGAAGAGGCCAAAGGGUUGAGCUCUGUUUCGACAGUUUCUUAGAAUGCGGGAUGAUUGUGAAGGGAUUGACGGAGAAGUUCAAGGAGAAGGAUCCCGGGUACAAGGGCUCUGCAACUCUCUCCUAUGAUGAUUUCAUGUGCAUGGUUGUUCCGUUUAUCGCCUCCUACGAUUAAAACCCUUUCCAAAGGCCAAACAUUGUACAUAGGAGAACGGUUCUAUGCAUACAACCAUGUGAUGCGAGAUCAAGACUUGGACGUAUCUGCUUGUGAAUGAGUAUGGUCUCUGUACUCUAUUUGCUCUCAAGUUAUUUCGGUCGUCGAAAAUAUUUUUUUUUAUUAGACCAACUAAAAAAAAGUUGUAAACGGUCUAAUCAGAUGGCUUUAGUGUUGGGUUCCUUUUAGUUUUGGUUGUGGGCUGUGGCCAUUGA